CCUGGGCGCUGCAGUCGCCGCGCCAGGGUGACCGGUAGCGCCGGAGCCGAGGUGGCGACGCGGGGCGGGGCGGGCAGAAAGAGGAGGAAGGAGGUUGUGUUGCGGGAUGGCGGCGACAACCUACGAGCGGCUGAAGCUGCAUAUCACAACUGAAAAAUUUUAUGUGGAAGCUUGUGAUGAUGGAGUGGAUGAUGUGCUUAUCAUCGACCGGGUGUCCACAGAGGUUACCCUCUCAGUCAAGAAAGAUAUUCCUCCUUCAGCUGUCACAAGACCAAUAUUUGGUAUCCUGGGCACAAUCCAUCUGGUGGCAGGAAAUUAUCUAAUUGUCAUUACCAAAAAGAUAAAAAUAGGUGAAUUUUUCAAUCAUGUAAUCUGGAAAGCAACAGAUUUUGAUAUUCUUUCUUAUAAGAAGACCAUGUUGCACUUAACUGAUAUUCAGUUACAAGAUAAUAAAACCUUCCUAGCAAUGAUAAACCAUGUAUUGAGUGUGGAUGGGUUUUACUUUUCAACCACAUAUGAUUUGACCCAUACUUUGCAGCGACUAUCCAACACUAGUCCAGAGUUUCAAGAAAUGAGUCUCUUGGAAAGGGCAGAUCAGCGGUUUGUAUGGAAUUGUCACCUUCUGAGAGAACUUUCUGCGCAGCCAGAGGUCCAUCGGUUUGCUCUUCCAGUAAUACACGGCUUUAUUACUAUGCACUCGUGUUCUAUUAAUGGAAAGUACUUUGAUUGGAUUCUCAUCUCGAGGAGGAGUUGCUUCAGAGCUGGCGUGCGCUAUUACGUGAGAGGGAUUGAUUCUGAAGGCCACGCAGCUAACUUUGUAGAAACAGAACAAAUUGUUCACUACAAUGGAAGCAAAGCUUCAUUUGUCCAGACUCGAGGAUCAAUACCAGUUUUCUGGUCUCAAAGACCAAACCUCAAGUACAAACCACGACCGCAGAUUAACAAAGUAGCAAAUCAUAUGGAUGGUUUCCAAAGGCAUUUUGAUUCACAAUUAAUUAUUUAUGGAAAACAAGUCAUAAUCAAUCUGGUUAACCAGAAGGGCUCCGAGAAGCCACUUGAACAGGCAUUUGCAACAAUGGUGUCCUCCUUGGGAAAUGGAAUGAUCAGAUAUAUUGCCUUUGACUUCCAUAAGGAAUGUAAAAAUAUGAGAUGGGAUCGACUAAGUAUUUUAUUGGAUCGGGUAGCAGAAAUGCAGGAUGAAUUAAGUUAUUUUCUAGUGGACUCUACUGGCAAGGUGGUGACGAAUCAGGAGGGCGUGUUCCGCAGCAACUGCAUGGACUGUCUGGACAGAACCAACGUGAUCCAGAGUCUGUUAGCUCGGCGCUCGCUUCAGGCCCAGCUGCAGAGACUAGGUGUUUUGCAUGUGGGACAAAAGCUUGAAGAACAAGAUGAAUUUGAGAAGAUUUACAAAAAUGCCUGGGCUGACAACGCAAAUGCUUGUGCCAAACAGUAUGCGGGAACUGGUGCCUUGAAGACCGACUUUACCAGAACUGGGAAGAGAACUCAGCUGGGACUUGUAAAGGACGGCUGGAACUCACUGAUUCGGUAUUACAAGAACAACUUUUCUGAUGGAUUCAGACAAGACGCCAUAGACUUGUUUCUGGGGAACUACUCGGUGGACGAAUUAGAAUCUCAUAGUCCUCUAAGUGUUGCACGGGAUUUGAAAUUUCUGGCGGAAGACUCCACGCCCCUUACGUGCAGGGAUUGUUGGAGGCAACCUUGUGUCUCAGAAGGCAAAGUACAGGCAUAUACCUCAGAGAUACUGCGGUAUCAGUUCCAGAUACCGCAAUGCAGCGGGUAUCGCCACGCAUUGCCUAUUAUCAUGGUCGUGGCCUUUUCAAUGUGCAUUAUCUGCCUCCUUAUGGCUGGUGACACUUGGACAGAAACACUGGCCUAUGUGCUCUUCUGGGGAGUCGCAAGCGUUGGAACAUUUUUUAUUAUCCUUUACAACGGCAAAGAUUUUGUUGAUGCUCCCAGAUUGGUCCAGAAAGAAAAGAUAGACUGAGUGUGUGUCUGUGGAAAGCGGCUUGGCCUGCAAGACUCCAUCCUGCAGAACUGGAGUCUUUACUGACCCGCUUUCCACAGGAGCCGAGGUCUUAGGAAGCCUUUAGCCCGAGCACAUCUGUCUGUGCGGGGCGCUGACUGACCGUUGGUGAUCUGCCUGGUGAUCUCUGCUGUCGGACGCUGUGUUUAUAAUCUGAAGCUGUUCUGUGAUUCAAACAGAACCUGAAUUCAGCUCACGGGGGGAGGACUCUGUCCACUUUCAGUUUAAUCAGCUGUUGGAGAAUAAGUAAUACAUCAGAAACCUAGCUCUCAUUGUGUGGAACAGUCCAUUGUUCAUCUAGCUCGGUUUCAUUAUCGUCACUAUGGAAGCAUUACUUUGGCAAGCGUACUUUCCUACACACCUUCGGACUCUUCUUAAAAGUUUAAUGGACGCUAACUGCUCUGCUUAUAGAGUGUAAGUCUUCUCCAUUCAUCGAGGAGCUUGACAACACAGCCAUGACUUCGCGGUGGGAAGAGAAGGGGCCGUGUUCCUGGGGGUCUCUGUGGGGCUGCCUUAGCUCAGCUUCUUCAAGUGUGAUGGAAAGUUCAGGUAUGCUGUACCUUUUUUAAAGGGUAUAAAUGAAAUCAAAGAUUGUCAAGUCUCUCUCUUAUGCUAAUGGUCCAAAGUCACCUGUUUGUAGGACUGCCCUCGGCUGCUCAGCUGCUUCCUCCGGACCCGAUAAGGCAGCGUGGGCCUCUGAGAGGCUCUUGUCCGGGGUCGGUGGUGUGGGAGGUACCGCUGGGAUGCUCCCCCUGUAAAGCCGCUGUUAGCCAUCAAUAGUGUGUGUAAGAUGUAGUGCUUCCAGGUAGCACAGUUCUUCAAAUCAAGGACCAACUGCAGCUCUGAAUUUAUGUAUAAAAACAAACCUGAAAACCAUGCUUUAGAGGCUGUGCAGAGGUCUAAGUCAGACUGUAUAUUCAAACUGUAAUUAUGAGGUUUAAAUGGUAGGAAAGUAUGUGAGGUAGUACAAUUGCCACUGUCUUAAAACAGCUCAGUUAAAUAUGCAACCAUGUGUGUUAUGCUUGAAAACAUGUGCAGUUCUUUCAGUAGUAAUCUUGUUCUCCUCAAAUAUCUCUAAAAGCGCCUUUUCAACAUCGCCUUUUAUAAACAAUAAGUUACUGCUUUUAGAAACUAAAGAAAGUAACAGCUGGCAAACCUUCUGUAGCGUAAAAUCAAUCAUUAAAAUUCACAAUAGGGAAAGUAAUUAGAAUACCUAUUCUUAACAUGUAAAUAAGCAGAAUUUGUUCCAAAGAUGAAAUGCUGAAACUUAGUUCAUGUCUGCUGUAACCUAUUACUCAAAUGCUACUGGGUGUUUCACGUUGAGAGCUCAUUUCAACUUCAGCACAAAUGGAGCUGACGCUGGUGUGGCUGCUUUGCGAUGAAUGGACUAAUUAAUGGUGGGCCGAUCGUAAGGUUCUACACUGCAGAACCCUGCAAUGAUUUCACUUCCAAAUUCACGUACUGUACAUCCUGAGUGAAAAUAAAAUGUCAUAUUUUCUAACUAC